GCGACGGUCAUCAAAUCGUGCUCAACUUAGUGGCCAAACCACCGGUCCUACCUGGUGGCACCCACGCAAAGGCAACAGAAACGGAGAAACCCACGACAAGCCCAAACAAAAACUCAAAAAAAUCUCGCCUGCCAUCUCGCGGUCCAGCCCCGUCGUUCACCUCAAUCUCCACGCGUCACCGCCGCCUUCCGGCGAGUCUAUUCCCCUCCGCCACGCCGUCGAAGCUUUCCAGACCCCGCAGCGGUUCGGAUAAGGCGGCCGCCCGCCACCCGCCCUCGUUUCGGCCCCACUCGUCUCGGCCCCGGGACCGCUUCGGGGUGGAUCUAGGGUUGCGUGGGGAGGGGUUCUGGAAGCCUCCGCCGCGAUGGACGAGGCGGACGAUGACGCCCGCACCUUCAAGGUCGGAUUCACCGCCGCCGGAGAGAAGCAGUUCCGGGAGCUCGUGAGGGAGAAGCUGCGCGGGUUCAGGAGGGGCCUGGACGACACCCUCCUGUGCAGGAUUAUGUUACUAUCAUGCUCCAGAAUGGAAAACGUAAGGAUCAAGCCAGUAUGGAACUCCAUGUAUUUCUAGGGGAUGAUAGUGCAGUAUUCGUUUCCUGUGUAUUUGAAAUCACAUUGUGGAGACUGUUAUAAGUUCUUAACAGCAAAUGGAAAUGAGAACAUCGGAGCUACUUUUACUUUUGAAACUGACAUAUGCACUGAGAAAUGUGUACUCUUAUCUUUUCUUGGCAAGCAGUCCAUGGUUGUGGGAACAUCUUUCUUUAAAUAUGCACUUAUAUGUGCAAGCACAAGAACAAACUCAGGUGGUUAAGGAUGAUGAGGCCCCCAAAGAAGUAUCUGGAAAAGAUAAAUCAUCAGAUAUGUUCCCAAGAAGCAAAUGUCAAACUCAUUCUGAGCACCCAAUUGAAUCAAGUGCAGCCACUACUAGGAAACGUGAUAAGCGGGAAUGGAAGGGAAUUGGUCGGGCGGGUAAUGAAAAAUUUCCACUUCGAAAUGUACUAACUGAUAUUCUUCACGGGGAAGAGAAAAAAUCUCAAAAGUCCAAUGAAAUACGAUACCCUUCAUCAAAACAACAGAAUGGCAGAAAGCGUGACAGGGAUGAUGAACCACAACAAGCAAAGAGAGACACCUCAUCACGCCCCAUGCUUGGUGGUGGUGCUUCCCGUCGUCUUCUACAGUUUGCUGUUCGAGAUGCAGUAAAAGCUGUACAGCCAGCCAGCACCUCUGCUGAACCAGCAUCCAAGCGUCUGCGCUCUGUGGUUGCCACUACUUCUGCAGAGAACAUGCGUGAUAGGAGAUCAGAAAAAUCUCAGGACUACCUGAACGAUAGAAGAUCAGAAAGAUCUCAAGAUAACUCGAGUGACAGAAGAUCAGAAAGAACUAGACCAAUGCUACAGGUACAAGGAGCUGCUUUAGCUCUUAGAGCUGCAGCGGAAGCUGCUGCAGAUUCUACAAAGGCUAGAUCUACUGGAAGUGUUUUCAAGCGAUUGGGUCAAGGGAAUGUUGUGAAACAACCAUCUCGUUCUCGUGAAGAGAAGAGAGAUUAUGCUGAUUUUGAGCCAGUUACGACCGCAAAUGAACAUGGUUCUGAUCGAUAUGUUAAUAAUGAGGAAUCUGAAGAGGAAUAUAGAGAGCUAACCAUGGCUGAUAGGGUAGCAGGAAUGAAUGUUGAUUCGGGCUCUGAAGAUGAUGUGGACCGAGAUGAGGGGGUUACAAGAUACCAAACUUCUAUUUCACAUGAAGAUACUUUCUCAUCAUUUGCAGAGAAGAAAACUGUAUCGGCACAAUGCAGUGUUGAACUAGAGACCGAUGCAAUAAGGCCUUCAAGUGUGAAUCACGAGGAGCAACCUGUCCCUUCAUUAACAAAUACAACAAGUAAAGCUGUGUCUAUUUCUGUUGAUGUAAAUAUGGUGGAACCUCCCAGUUAUGAAACACCAAAAGAUGUUCAUGUUGUGGAGAAGCCUUAUGUUGCACCCAUGAAUUCAAAUGCCACAAGUGUGGCUACCAAUACCAAAGUAAGCAGCCAUGAAUUAGGCCAUGCAGAAGUUCAAAAGGAUUCUCAGCGGUCUGCACCAUCUGUUCCGGUUUCAUAUAGCACAUCACAUCCGACAGUGGAUGCAGAUUCGAGAACACUUUAUGUUAGCAAUGUUCACUUUGCUGCCACCAAGGACUCAUUAUCUCGCCAUUUCAACAAGUUUGGUGCAGUACUGAAAGUAGUCAUUGUCACUAAUGCUGCAACGGGUCAGCCAACAGGGUCUGCCUAUGUAGAGUUCUUACACAAAGAAUCAGCUGAACGAGCGUUGUCGUUGAAUGGCACAUCAUUUAUGACUCGUAUUCUCAAGGUUGUUCGACGAAGUUCUCAUGAAGCAGCUCAUUUUUAUGGUUGGCCUGGUAUUGGACGAUCAUCAUUAUAUGGUAGGCAUGGUAGGAUGGCAUACCCAAGAGCUGUUCACCCCGGUGGUUCCUUUAGAGGGCGUGCUCCGAUGAAAGCUGGCGCUAGAAGUUUACAGUGGAAACGGGAGCCUUCAGGCACUGAUUCAAGUGCAGGUGCGAAAAAUGACAUGAGUGUGCCAUUUUCCUGUGAACAGGUCCUCCCGCCGGCAACAUAGGGGAGCAUACUAUAGCUGAUAUAAUGAGAACUGAAUGGUAUGUUACUCGUCGCCCCUAAUGGCUGAAUAUGGAAAGCAAGCUGAGAAGAUUGUUCCUUCCUGAUGCAGCGUAAAACAAAAGUCCGAAAAAACAUGAAAAUACAAAAAAAACAACAACUAAAACUUAAGGAAAAAAAGAGGGGGAGUUUGGCAUUAGGAUAUGGCUUAUCAUUCUGGUAACCGGAUUGGGUCGUCUUUGCCAUAUGCGAGUAGGAUGACAGCCUGAGCAAUUUUCUGUGGACUCCAGCUAUCUGAAAAAAGGAUUCACAUUCGAAAUAAUCACAACAUUUGGGUUGUGUUGGAUGGAAGAUGCUUAUCAGUAGAACAAGAUGGGCAGAUUUUGGACGAGGUAAGCCUCAACUGUAUAGAAGUAACCUAUCAAUCUGUACCCUUAUCUGAAUCAAUCUCUUUCCCAACCUGAAAAGAAAAAAAAAGCCAACACAAAUGAUGUGUCUUCUUCUGUUUUUUUUACUCCAUGAACUGUUAUUUAUUGUACUGAUUGUUGAUUUUUAGUUGGACAUUCAAUUUGUUGUCAAACAGUUUAACAAUGAUUCUUCCGUGUGGUUUAUAAUUAGAUUCACCGUGCUGCCUGACUUACAAAAUCCAGUUUACUGUCUGAUGAGAAUGCAGUUUAUACUCGCGAUGUCUUACCAAGGUUCUUGUAUAUUUAUGGGUUGGCCUGCCUGUCCGAAUCUUUCUUGCACAUUAUAUGCUUUUCAUUCAAUGAUGCAGCUACUCAUCAUGUGGGUUGACACUGCUCGUCGUUGGAGGACUUGUAUAUAUCUUUUUUUGCGGGGAGGACUUGUAUAUAUCUGGCCAUUAGUUUACUGACUAAUGGUGCAUGCUUUGGGAAAAGUAAUUUGUUGGAAGCUUAUAUUAACUCUAAAAAGGCAAAAAAUGGCCUUUUUCUUC